UCUGUUGAUAAAGUGUGAAGUGGAAAAUGGAAAAUGAACCGAUUUCUGAAGAAAUUACCGGGGAAAAUCACACCGAAAUCGCCGCUGAACCCGAUCAACUUGCAGCCGAAUCAAACGACGAUCCUUACCACAAUCAGGAGUACCUUCAACGGAAGCUGUACUUUUUGCUGGAGCACCUCAAAAAGAUGCACGCAAACCUACCCGAACAGUAUCAGAUGCGAAUAUCUUUCGAGCUGCUGGCUGGACUCGCGAACACUCUGUUGAACGACACAAUCUUUGAAAUCGUGAAAGGCCUCAUGGAGAUCCAGCACGUCACUGAAACGCACCUCAUGCAAGUGCGAGAAAAGGUGGAAAACGAUCACCAGCUGGAGGUAAAGCAGUGGGAAUCCAAGAUACAGGAUCCCGAGGAGCUGGAGCACAUCGUUGCGCUGAUGAAAAUCAAGCACGGUAAAAACAUGAAGGAAACCGAUAUGAAGCUGGUGCUUCAUCUGGACCAGAAGGUUAAAGACCAGCAGUCGACGCUAGAGAAGGCGGGUGUGCCGGGUUUCUACUCCACCGACAACCCAAAGGAAAUCAAAAUUCAAAUGUACCUUCUCGAUUUCAUUCUACGGCUCAGUCGACUCAAAUUUGAACCAAACAGCAGGUAAUAAAAACAUCCGUCCAUUCCAA